UGCUGCAGUUGGACCCCAGAGGGCCCCCUCCCCUGACCUGCCGGGCAACAGGGCCUCUGCUCAGGGAAGGGAGCCAGAGGUGCAGAAAGGGCUGGAGCCAGCAAGGUGGAGUUGAGGAAGAUGACAGCUGCUCAGAAAUACAACCUCUUCACGCCAGAACCUCACUAUGUCCCUGGCUAUGCUGGCUUCUAUCCACAGCUGCGCUACCAGGUGGGGAACACCUAUGGGCGCACCACAGCGCAGCUGCUCACAGACCCCAGUGUGCGCAAGAGCCCCUGCUCCGUGCUGUCCCCCAUCUCCAAGCCCAAGUUCACUGAGGACUUCAGCAAGUCCAAGCCACCUUUGAUCCCCUGCCAUGACCUGACUGAGCCCUACAUCCCCCACUAUACUGGUCUGAAGCCUUACAAGAACUUUGAGAUCCCGGGUCGGUUCCCACCCCAGGAGGUGGACGCCCAGGUGCCGCGUGAGGUAGAGAAGGUAUCCAGGCAGGUUCUGCUGCCUGCGGGCUUUGUGUCCUAUCCAUGCCACCCCCCGUACCCACCAGGCAGGAAGGGGGACUCCAGGGACUUGGGACACCCGGGCUUGCGGCCGGCCUGCGGGGAAGAGGGCUGGAAGAGCACCACCCCUGUCCACGGAGCCCCUAGGUUGGACCAGCUGUACCACUACAGGAGGGAUGAGUGCCCAGCCCCAGUCCGCCAGCAGGAGAUGCUAGAUGUGGGCAGGUUCCACAGGCUGCCCCAGCUGGACCACCCCAACCUGAUCCAACGCAAGGCCAUCUCAGGCUAUGCUGGCUUUGUCCCUCGGUUUGCCUGGGUGUUGGGGAUGAGUUACCGCGAUGGGGUCACACAGGCUAUGGACGAGUUCGAUAAGAAUCAGUUCCUGUUCAGAAAUCCCAUCUGUGCCCUGGGUGAGCGGCUGCCCCGGACACACUGGCCCAGCAACACCAUCUACAGCAGCCGAGGCCUGAUACCUUUCUAUAUGGGCUUCGUACCAUCCAUGCAGGACAACUUUGCCCUGACCUUUGGAAACGGUACGCGUAAAGCCUAUCAGAAGGAACUGGAGAGGCGAAAGCAGACACUAUGAAAACGCUUUAAUGGUGGUGUCUGUACAGCACACGACAUCAAGACAGGAAGGAAAGUAAGUGGACACACAAGACGUGGCUAUCAGGAAACAGGUUGUGAGCGAAUAAAGAGUUCACAAGGCUUCUGCGCUCUACUGGGUACCAGACAGCUCUAGGCCACCUCCUCCUCCGCCUCCUCCUCAAACUCGCCCUCCUCCUCGGCCGUGGCGUCCUGGUACUGCUGGUACUCAGACACCAGGUCGUUCAUGUUGCUCUCGGCCUCGGUGAACUCCAUCUCGUCCAUACCCUCGCCCGUGUACCAGUGCAGGAAGGCCUUGCGCCGGAACAUGGCCGUGAACUGUUCCGAGAUGCGCUUGAACAGCUCCUGGAUGGCCGUGCUGUUGCCAAUGAAGGUGGCGGACAUUUUUAGGCCCCG